AUGGUUGACUUGGAGUCACAGGACGAUCAACAACCCAGAAGAAGCCCCAGUCAACCGGCCAGAUCAAAUUCUUCCGCAUCCCACCACUCUGGAAGUCCACAACCACACAGCUCCAAUGAGACCAUUCCAUCGGUCGACGCCAGUUUGCAGAUCAGGCCUCGGGAGUUAACCGAGAAGGACUACCUGCUCCCCGAUAAACUCUAUGGAAGUUCAAGGGUCAUCGAAUCCACGGUAGAAAAGGAUGCAGUCGUCCGGAGUGCACCUGCGGAGUCGAUGUGUUCCUUGGUGCUGCAGAUCCUGGUGCCGUUUCUUUUGGCCGGGCUCGGGACAGUCUCGGCCGGGAUGCUGCUGGACUUUGUUAAGGACUGGAAUGUGUUCCAGGAAGUCAAAGAAAUCUUCAUCUUGGUCACUGCUGUCUUAGGCAUGAAGGGAAACCUAGAAAUGACUCUGGCCUCGAGACUCUCCACUGCUGUAAAUGCAGGGCAAUUGGAAUCUAACAGCGAAAAGUGGAUGAUGAUCGUUGGGAACCUGGCACUGAAGCAGCUGCAGGCCACAGUGCUGGGUCUGCUGGCCUCUGUGAUGGCCACUCUUCUGGGCUGGAUGGCAGAAGGGACAAUGCCCUUCAAUCACAUUGUGCUUUUGUGUUCGACCAGUGUUUCUACUGCCUUCGUGGCUUCAAUGCUGCAAGGCAUCAUCAUGGUGGCAGUGAUCCUCGGCUCCAUGCGAAUGGGGAUCAACCCUGACAACGUGGCCACACCCAUGGCCGCCAGCUUUGGGGAUCUCAUCACUCUGGCCUUGCUGGCCUGCAGCGGUUGGUGGUUCCACUCUAUCUCAGAGCUGCAGCCCUACGUGAUGUACCUGGUGGAUCUGUUGAUUUUGUGCCUGAUCCCUCUGUGGGUGAUGAUCUCCUCCAAACACCCAGCCAGUCAAAUCCUGCUGCGCACAGGCUGGGAACCAAUCAUUACUGCAAUGGUCAUCAGCAGUAUUGGAGGACUUAUUCUGGACAAGUCUAUGUCAAAUCCAAACUUGGCAGGACUUAUAAUUUAUGCUCCAGUCAUAAAUGGAAUUGGAGGAAACCUCGUAUCCAUACAGGCGAGUCGGUUGUCUACUUAUCUGCAUUUGAAUUUCCCACCUGGAGAUCUUCCAGAGGAGCGACGGGGCUGCUACAACCCUUUACGCACCUUCUUUGGUUCAGGAGCAAACCAUCGCUCUGCCAAGAUCCUGCUUCUCCUGGUCAUCCCUGGUCAGUUUAUCUUCUUAUACACCAUCAACCUAAUGAAAGGAGACUACAGGUUACCAGCUCCUCUCCUGACUGUCGCCUUCUUGUCUGCUUCCCUGAUUCAGGUCUUCUCUCUGCUGUGUACAGCCGAAUGUAUGGUCCACUGGCUGUGGUGGAGGCGUAAAGACCCCGACAGUUACUCGAUACCCUACCUCACAGCCCUGGGAGACUUUCUCGGGACCUCGCUCCUCGCUCUUGCCUUCCUCAUGCUGUGGUGCAUUGGUGACUCAGACAGUCAGCUCACCCUCACGUCACCUACCGACCUGCCCGCCUGCGGGUACCCUGCUUGUGCUCUUGCAGCACAUGACCAGUCCGAACACAGCUGA